CCCCCAUGCAGUUGAACCCGAUGCAGUGGGAUCCGGUUCCCGGUUCCCGACGCUGCUGCUGUUGGCGGCGUCGCUCUCCGGGACCCGGCUCUGAGGACCGGGACUGUCGGAGCCGCGGAGCAGCAGAAGCAGCAGCACCACCACCACCGCACGCAGCUGCCGGCGCCUCCGCUUAACCCAGCGACAGAUUGCUUUGUGUUUUGUUUUAAUACUAGCGAGAGAUCUAGAGACGAUAGAGAGAGAGAGCUUCGGGCGGGCGUGCGUGAGAGGAGAGUUGAAAGGCGAGCGCGUGAGAAGAGCGAGCGGAGAGGCGGUCGGGGCACGAAUCUCGCGGCUUCGGCCUAAGGCGCCGGGCUGUGUGAUGCAGCGCGGAGUGGGGGCGCCCCGGUCUCUCUUGCUCCGCCUGCCCAAGUCACGGUGGCCUUCGUCAGUGGAGUCAUUGUUAGCGUAGAUAUAUUUUUUUUGAGGGGGGGGUGGGGGGUAAGUGUGUUGUUGUUGUUGCUCGCGUGUUAGCAGUGUCGUAGAGAUCAGCUAGAGCGGCUGUCGCUGACAUCGUAGAAGCGGCCAAGGCGGCGGCGGCGGCUGCUGCGCCUCCUCCUCCUCCUGCCCGGGCCAUGGACGCGGAGGUGUUCACUGCGGAUACCGUGGAGAAGGCACUGCACCAGCUCUACUAUGACCCGGCGAUCGAGCACAAGAACGCGGCGCAGAAGUGGCUGAUGCAGGCACAGGUAUCGCCCGACGCAUGGCACUUCAGCUGGGUGCUCCUGGGGUCUGAGAAGGCGCCGGAGAUUCAGUACUUCGGAGCGAGCGCCCUGCACACAAAAAUAUCGCGCUACUGGGCGGACAUCCCAUCGGAGCAGUACGAGGCACUCAAGUCUCAGUUGAGCACGCGCAUCGCUCAGUUUGCCGACGGGCCCAAGAUGGUGCUGACGCGGCUGUGCGUGGCACUCGCGUCGCUUGCCCUCAACACCCUGCCCGACGCUUGGCCCACGGCGGUGAGCGACAUGACGCAGGCGUUCCCCCCGGGCCCGGCCCUGCUCGAGCUGCUCACCGUGCUUCCCGAGGAGCUGCAGACGAGUCGCCUCGCCCAGCACAGGAAAGGCGUAGUGCGAGGCGUGCUGGCGCGCGAAGCUCCCGCCUGCGUCUUCCCGCUGCUUCUGCGGCUGCUGGAGCAGGGUGGCGGCGGCGGCGGCGGCGCGGGCGACGGCGCGGCCUCGGCAGGCGCCACAACGCUCGGCCAGAAGGUGCUGCGCUGCUUCGCCAGCUGGGUACAGCUGGACGUGCCGCUCACCGAGUGCGAGGGCCUCGUGCACUCGACGUUCCGCGCGCUCAGAGACGCCGAGCUGUUCGACACGGCCGUCGAUGCGCUGGUGCAGGCCAUCUCGCAGCCCGACGCACAGAGGUACGUGAACACGCUGCUCAAGCUCAUCCCUCAGGUGCUGCAGCUGCAGGAGCAGCUGACGCAGGCGGUGCAGAAUGGCGACACGGAAACCACGCACGGGAUCUGCCGCGUGGUCGUGGCCCUCGGCGAGAACCACGCCAGAACUCUGCUAGAGCAAACGGAUCACUGGCAGAGCUUCCUGGCCCUGGUCAACAUGGUGAUGUACUGCACGGGCAUCCCGGGCCACUACCCUGUGGACGAGACCACGAGCUGCCUAACCCUGACGUUCUGGUACACGCUGCAGGAUGACAUCACGUCGCUGGGCGGUGAGAAGCAGGCCAUGUACCUCCAGAUGUACCGGCCCGUGUACUUUCAGCUGGUAGACGUGCUGCUUUACAAGGCACAGUUCCCCACGGACGCCGAGUACGCGUCGUGGUCAGCGGACGAGAAGGAGCAGUUCCGCAUCUACAGGGUGGACAUCUCGGACACGCUGAUGUAUGUGUACGAGAUGCUGGGCCCUGAGCUGCUCAGCAACCUGUACGAUAAGCUGGGACGCCUCCUCACGGCCACCGGACAGCCCCCGCAGUGGCAGCAAACGGAAGCCUUCCUCUACGGGUUCCAGUCCAUCGCGGAGACUCUGGACGUCAACGACUCGGACGUUAUCCCGGGACUCAUCGGCCUCAUCCCGCGCAUCACCGUGGGCAAUGUGCAGCUGGCUGACACCAUCAUGUUCACAAUCGGUGCACUGGCGGAGUGGCUCGCCGACCACCCCGUGAUGCUGACUGGGGUGCUGCCCCUCGUGCUGCAAGCGCUGGCCAACCCGGAGCUGUCCAUCUCCAGCGUCUCCACGCUCAAGAAGCUGUGUCGCGAGUGCAAGCACGACCUGGGCCCCUACGCGCCCAGCAUCAUGGCCAUGUCGCAGGAGGUGCUCGUGAAGCAGAUUCACAAGAGCAGCCAAUGCAUGUGGCUAAUGCAGGCCCUGGGGCUGAUGCUGUCCCCACUGCCCGUCGCCGAGAUCCUGGGGCACCUGCAGUCGCUGCUCACCCCGCACAUCCAGCAGCUGGAGAGCCUGGCCGAGCAACCGCCAAACCCAUCCAGUAAGCUAGCAAUCAUACAUAUUUUGGGUCUCUUGUCCAAUUUGUUUACCACCUUGGAUAUCAGUCGCCUUGACUCCGAGCGCGACGGGACCGAGGCCAAGCGUAAGCCGGCCGGUGAUGGACCCAAUCCAGUGGUCGUAGUGCUCCAGCAGGUGUUCCAGCUGGUGCAGAAGCUCCUCGCGAAGUGGAUCAAUGACAGCCACGUGGUGGAGGCCGUGUGCACGGUGUUCAUCAAGUCGGUGAAGACGCUGCUCGACGACUUUGGACCCAUGAUCCCCCAGCUGUCGGAGAUGCUGGGCCAGAUGUACAGCACCGUCCCUCAGGCCUCCGCGCUGGAGCUCACGCGAGAGCUGGUGCUCAUCUUCUGCAAGGACAUUGUCUACUACCCAACUGUGAAGGCUCUGUUCCUGCACAUGGCUGCCUGCACUCUCACGAUAUUCCACAGAGGUCCCCGGGAUCAUCCGGAUAUCGUGGACUCCUUCAUGCAGCUUCUUUCGCAGGCCCUAAGGAAAAAACCAGAUGUGGUGGUUGCAGACAACUGCGACAUCAAAGCACUGUUCCAGUGUGGUCUCAUUUCCCUCAAGUUCCCCGAGGGUCCCACUGUGAAAUCGGCCUGUGGAUUUUUUACGGAGCUGCUGCCGCACUGCGCCACCGUGUCGGCCAUCGGGCAGGUGGUGCACGAGAACGGGCGCCUCCUGCUUCAGACGGUGCUGGAGGCGAUUGGCGGCCAGGCUCCCCGUAACCUCAUGGACAACUUUGCGGAGGUGCUGUUCUGUGUGAACAAGCACUGCUUCGCGUACCUGCCCCUGUGGCUCAAGGAAGCCAUGGCGCGACCCGACUUCCCAUCCUCGCGUGUCACGCAUGAGCAGAAGGACAUCUUUGGGCAGCAGAUUCUAAGGGAGAGAGUGAACAAAAGGAAAGUGAAGGAGAUGGUGAAGGAGUUCACUCUCCUGUGCCGGGGCCUGCAUGGCACGGAGUACGCGGCAGAGUACUGAAGCGUCGGGGGCGGUGCUUCCGGGGCGUAUGCCUGCACCACGCCGCCAUCGCCAACGGACGUCCUUAACUCAAACCAUGGGCAUUUGCCUCUUCCCAGCGUUCCUGCCCCCCAUAUUGUACAGUUGCACACUUGCACACCUCCCGCCAUUCGUUUUUUUCUAUAACGUGCUUUUAUUUGAGCCUCUUUCAGCAGUUCCGCUUCGCAAGGCGCCUGUAAAACGUGUUUUGUAAAUGUAAACCGAUUUUGAAAAAUUUGAAAACACACGGCAAUUUUUGUGUACAUUUUUGGGGACAUACUGUAAAAGUUGCACGCUAGCAAGAGACAGUCCUGUUUACCUUUGUCAUUGUAUUCGAUCGCUAAGCCCCAACAAACAGGGUAUAUUUAUGGAAAAUUGUGUCUGGCAGGUUAAUUGUAGCAACAAAUAAGUUCAAGAUUGCACAAUAAUACGGUCAGUCUGGCAUCAACUACAGAGAGGAUGCGUCUUGGUAUAUUCGGCUGUGCUACUUAUAAAAUACGGUAUCUCUUCAUUGAUGCUUCAGUGGGCUGUGUCUGUCAAAUGCUGUGUACAAUACUGAGCACUCAAAUGGCAUUUAUCGACAUUUCAGCUGCUGUCUGGGAGAGUGGUGUCAAGCGUUUUAGUAAACCCCGUAGACAAUCGUCUGCCCACACACUAUGCUGCUUUUACUACAAAGACGCAGCUGCUAAUGGGUGCAGUUUGUGGCAUCCUGCACACACGUGUGCGUUCACUACCCGGCUCUGGCUCCCUGUUGUAGGAACAGGAACAAAACCGCCCUCACACUUUAUCCUCAUUUGCCACGUUUCUAAGUAAAUGCAAACAGUGCAAGAUUAAAAAUACAAUUUUUAUUGAAAUUCUCCCAGUGUAAGUGGUUGUUACUUAUCAAACAUGGCAGCAACAGCAGCCAUGGACUAUCCACUGCUGGUUAAAGGCCUCUGUUUUUCGGCAUCACUCGCGUUCUCACAAUGCAACAAACCAUCUGGGUCCUGCACACGAGCUGAUGUCACUGUUCCGUCUCUGCAACGGUCUUCCUCUCGAGUAUGUUCGCUCCUUUGGCUACCAGUCCCUCCUCAGUCUCAAACAUCAGGCAUAAUCCCUCCUAUCGAUGCCCUGCCAAGCCCACUUUUUUAAAGAGUUGGUGUGAUGUCUAUAACUUGCAUAUAUUCUCUAAUCAGUAUGCUCCUUUUCUUAAAUAUAACUCCAAGCAUGCCCCUCUCGACGCUACUUUGCACAAUUUUUAAGCCUUUUCAUUGUCAGUGUCUGUUUUCUAUCCAUGUGUCAUGGCAGGUAAUAUGCAAGAUGGUUAACAGAAAAUCGAAGUCAGCAGCAGAAUAUAGAUUUAACUUUGAGCAACAGAUCCAAAAUUCCGCCCAGAAAUUGUCUGACAUCAUUUCAAGACUGAAAAUGUGAAUUAUCUUAGGUUUGGUGAUACUAUAUUUUUUAAAAACAAAAAGUUAAUGGAUAUUAAUUUGCAGGAAAGUAUUAAAGAAUGUAAGAAUGCAACGUUCAGCUGAUGAAUUUAAGUGAGACAUUAUAUUCACGUAGAGUAAAAUUGCUGAGCAAUUAUUAUUUGGAGGGACACAUGGAAAAAAACCCCAUCAGAGUACAGUAUGUGUACCCUUCGAAAUAAUUGAUGGUAGACUGAUCAAAAUUUUUAAAGGUACAAAGUUUGAGUCAUUUAUUUUACCUGAACUUGAUUUUUCGCAAUACCACUUUGCCCAAGAAAGUUUUCAAUCGGUGCACGUUACUUGCUAUGAUAUGGUACUGUUUUAUCAUAAUAUACACCGUAUAUAUAAAGUAGGCUGCAAAAUACACAUUUCUUGUGUGCAGAUUUAUUAACGGUUGGUUCGUGCAGGAGGAUGCCAUACUAAGUGAGCACCUUUCCGUUGUAAACAACUUCUCGAUGCUGCCAAACUAGAUAAUUGACGUUUUAAUGCUCUUUUGCGUUAUAGUUUAUGUUACAAAGGAGAGGCACUAUUUAUGAAUGUCCUUUAAAGGGUUCCUACAUUUUACUUGUCCGGAAAUAUUUUUUUUCUUUAUGACGUUCGUCAGCACGUUUCAAUUCCAAUGGAACCGGAGCGUGUAUGACGGCCGCCUAUAAACUCCGGGCUUAACGCAAGUGACUGUGGCCCAGAGUUUGUGUAAAUCCAGUGCUGGCACACCCACGCGAAUAGUUUGAUCAAAUAAAGUGACGUUGAAACAUUUCGACGAUGAUUAUCUCGGAAAUAAAACUGCUUUCUAAUAGGAUGUAGGAUUCAGCUAAUGGGGUAUUUGAAUCCUGGAUAAAAAUGGGCGGCAGGAUGCACCAUGGCACAACUCGUGCCUCACCGCAAAAAGGAACGGGCUGGGUUCGACUCCCGACUCGGGUACCUUUCAGUGUGGAGUCUGUUUUUCUCCCUUUUCUCCCCCGUUCUUUAUGGGUUUCGUGUUCUCCGGUUUCAUCCCAUAGUUAAAAAAAACAUACAAUGUAACGUAUUGGCCGAACAUCCCAAAUGUUGAAAAAUUACCUGCAAAUUAUUAAAAUUAGGAGUACACGUAACAACGUUGCCCCGCCUACUAUUAAAAUUUGGCAGGACCCUGCUAAAAAAAAGUCUUCAGAUUCAGUGAGGCUUUACUUGGGUAAAAAAGCAAGCGAAGCAAAAAUCAUGUGAGAGCUCAAUGAUACUCAAAAUUACUUUUUUUUAAAGGGAGAUGUGGGUCAUGUAUUGUUUUGGGAUCAUAGCCUAUUUAAAGUGGAGGUAUAUGUCCAAAUUCACAGAAGUCAUCUACCAACCCGGGAAAUAUAAUGCAAAGAAUGCCUAACGAUAGCGAAAGAGUGGAAAUAUUACACGUAUAUGAAAAUAUAAUGUAUUGUGGGAAGACUUACAGAAUUUCCUAGGACAGCUACCUCGAAAAAUAGGACGAUCUUGGGCAAAAACCAGGAUAAAGUAGCAACCCUAAUACCAACACUUUGCAAGUGCAGAGGUCAGACUAGCGCGGGUGUUUUUUUUUGUCGGAUCGUUGAAGCGUUUAACCUGCAGAAGCAAAGCGAUCGUGAAGCCGGCUUCGGAGGCUGACUUGACUUGAUGUUUGCCCCCCCCACCCCCCCUUUCUUGAAGAGCUGGCUGGAAAGGGGCCACCUCUUUGAUGGCCACGUGGUUUUAUGUAUAUCGCAGAGCACUGAUGAUGUGCGUGUAUUUAUUGAAGUCUACAGAAUAAAGGCUGAAGUGGUGGUUUGCCCCCCCCCC